CAAACCUUUGGCUACUCCUUGGAAGGUUUCCUUUCCAAGUUUUCAACCUCAACUCCUCAAGAUUUCAGGGUGGCCAAAAUGGAAUACGUUUCUGUUACACCUAAUCUCGAGGUCGGAGAUAUAUUAUGCUGUCAAUGCGGAGUUCCAAUAAAAGCAAACCCUGCCAACAUGUGCGUUCACUGUGUCAGGACCCAGGUGGACAUCACCGCGGGCAUCCCGAAGCAGGCGACAAUUCACUUCUGCAGAGGCUGUGAAAGAUAUUUUCAACCACCGUCAGAAUGGAUACAUGCCGAAUUGGAGUCUAGGGAAUUGCUUGGUCUUUGUUUGAAAAAGCUGAAAGGUCUGAAUCGAGUGAAAUUGGUGGACGCAGGUUUCGUCUGGACCGAACCUCACUCCAAACGGCUAAAAGUAAAAUUAACAGUCCAAGGAGAAGUUUUUAGUGGAGCAGUUUUACAACAGAUUUUCAUCGUGGAAUUCACUGUAGCAAAUCAAAUGUGUGAUGACUGUCAUCGCACUGAGGCACAGAAUUUCUGGCGGGCAUCGGUACAAGUUAGACAGAGGGCUGAAAACAAGAAGACAUUUUAUUACCUAGAGCAGUUAAUUUUAAAACACAAAGCUCAUGACAACACUUUAGGAAUAAAACCAAUUCAUGAGGGCAUUGAUUUCUUUUUUGCAACGGAAUCCCACGCUAAGAAAAUGGUGGAUUUUCUAAGCACUGUUCUUCCAAUAAAAUGGCAACAUUCAAAAAAAUUACUGUCACAUGAUAUACAUAGUAAUGUGUACAACUAUAAAUUUACUUUUAGCGUUGAAAUUGUGCCCAUAUCAAAAGACAGCAUUGUCUGUUUGUCCACGAAAAUGGCGAGCCAUUUUGGAGGAAUUAGCCAAGUUUGCAUUGUACAAAGAGUGUCUAACAACAUUCAUCUGAUUGAUCCUUCUUCAUCACAAAUUGCUGAAGUUACCGGAACCAAUUAUUGGCGCGACCCUUUUAAAAGUAUAUUUAAUCCAAAACAGUUGUCUCAAUACAUUGUCAUGGAUAUAGAACCUAUAGCAGAUAGCGAGAGAAAACUUUUCCCAGGACAAGGCCAUAUUUCAAUAAAACAUGUUUUAUGUGAUGUCUGGUUAGUCAAAGAGUCUGACCUAGGUAUGACAGAGAGCACGAUUCAUACCAGAAGCCAUUUAGGCCAUAUUUUAAAGCCUGGAGAUACCGUUCUUGGAUACAAUUUGAAUGAAAGUAACGUCAAUGAUGAUAACUUUGACAAAGUAGACAAGGAUAAAAUUCCAGAUGUUAUAAUUGUUAAAAAACACUAUCCAAAUAGAAGCAAGAGGAGAAUGUGGAAACUCAAACACCUUCCUAGAGAUGACACAAGCAUUAAUUCUGCUGACCAGGAUUAUGCUGGCUUUUUGGAUGAUUUGGAAGAAGAUGCUGUCUACAGGCAGAACGUUAAUAUUUAUAAAGAUCCUAAGAAGGCAGUUAUGCCAGUUGACACUGAUGAUGUGGAUGAAAGCAAUCAAUUCUGCAUUACUCUUGAAGAAAUGUUGGAUGAUUUACAUGUCGAUGAUGUUGAAAUGGCUGAAUAAAAUCUUUUUUAAUAUAUUUUUA